CACAGACACAGACCGGGGACCGAGUUAAAGGAGGAGGAGGAGGCUCGGGAGGCUCAGCCAGCGCCGCCGCCUCUCAAUCCGCCGCCAUCCUGCUGCCUGAGCGCCCCUCUCGCCGCCGGAUUGGGAUUUCUCGGCACUGUCGGACCCCCGGAACCAGACCAGGCAAAUCGGGAGUGGUGCCGAGAAAAAUUUCCUUACUAGAUGACAUUUCAUCGCAAUGUCAGAUCGUUUGGGGCAAAUAACCAAGGGAAAGGAUGGGAAAAGCAAGUACUCGACUCUCAGCCUAUUUGAUAAGUAUAAAGGAAAGUCAGUAGAAGCUAUCAGAAGCACAGUUAUUCCUAGACAUGGCUUACAGAGUCUCGGGAAAGUUGCCACUGCCCGGCGAAUGCCGCCUCCUGCAAACCUGCCAAGCUUGAAGUCUGAAAACAAAGGAAACGACCCUAACAUCAUUAUAGUGCCCAAAGACGGUACAGGAUGGGCAAACAAGCAGGAGCAGCCAGACCAAAAGAGUUCCAGUGUGACGGCCGCACAGCCGCCGGAGUCGCUGCUGCAGCCGGGUUUGCAGAAAUCUGUCUCCAAUUUACAGAAGCCGACACAAUCAAUCAGUCAGGAGAAUACAAAUUCAGUGCCAGGUGGACCAAAGUCAUGGGCACAGCUGAAUGGAAAGCCAGUAGGACACGAAGGUGGUUCAAGGGGCUCAAGCCGACUAUUAUCCUUCUCUCCCGAGGAAUUUCCGACGCUGAAAGCAGCUGGCGAGCAGGACAAGGUUGGCAAAGAAAAGGGCGUCUUAGAUCUGUCGUAUGGGCCAGGACCAAGCCUCCGCCCGCAGAAUGUGACGAGCUGGAGGGAGGGCGGUGGGCGGAACAUAACCUCUGCCACAUCUCUGACCGCCUCCCCGACUGAGCCGGGCAGCAAGAACUCGAGUACAGGAGAUGGAGCCCCCUCCUCGACAUGUACCAGCGAUUCUAAGGAGCCUUCUCUCCGCCCGGCUCAGCCUGUCCGAAAAGGGGCUUCACAGUUCAUGGGAAAUGUAUACCACCCACCUACAUACCAUGACAUGCUUCCUGCUUUUAUGUGUUCACAGCAGUCACCAGAGACCCAGGGUACAGUGGAACGAGGGUCUUUUCCUCUUCCUCAACUACGCCUAGAACCUCGAGUUCCUUUUAGACAGUACCAGAUGAAUGACCAAGAUGGGAAAGAAAACAGAAUGGGAAUGUCCCGCCCAACACGCCCCAUAAGGCAGCUAGGGGAACGGGCUCCACGACCCACCAUUCUCAAUGCUGAAAACCUCAAAGGGCUUGAUGAACUUGAUACUGAUGCAGAUGAUGGUUGGGCAGGCCUUCAUGAUGAAGUGGAUUAUUCAGAGAAACUGAAAUUCAGUGAAGAUGAGGAAGAGGAAGAGGCUCUUAAAGAUGGAAGACAGAAGUGGAACAAUUGGGAUCCAAGGAGACAGCGGCAGUUGUCACUGAGUUCUGCAGACGGUGCUGAUGUCAAGCAUACCCUGGAUGAAGGAAAGAACUGGGGUGAAUCUAUGGGCUUAUCUCGGGCCAUCCGUAAGGUGCUAGAGCCUCAGCCGCCUUCCAGGAAGUUGAAUAGUUGGACCCCAACUCCUGAUUAUCAGAAGCCUUCAAUAAAUAACAUGCUCCGACAACAGUCUGUGGAAGACAAAGAGGACAAGAUGCCCCCACGGCAGAAGUUUGUACCCUCGGAAAUCUCUGAGGCUGUGGAAAGAGCCCGAAGACGCCGGGAGGAAGAGGAGCGUCGAGCCCGGGAGGAGAGAUUGGCUGCCUGCGCUGCCAAGCUCAAACAGUUAGAUCAGAAGUGCAAGCAAGCCCAAAAGGCCAGUGAGGCACAGAAACACCCAGACAGUGAAGCUCCCCGAUCCCCAGCCACGGAGAAAAGUUCCCCGCAGGAGAAUGGCCAGGCUUUCCACAAAGCAACACCUGAGUUACUUGCCCAGGAAUCUCCUGCUCCUUAUAAUAAAGAAGAGUCAGCUAUCCCUCAUGCUGUGACCCAGAGCAGCAGUGAUGAGGAACUCCGAGAAUCCACAUCUCCUGCACAAGAAUUCAACAAAUACCAAAAAUCACUUCCCCCUAGAUUUCAGCGCCAACAACAACAGCAGCAGGAACAGCUGUACAAGUUGCAGCACUGGCAGCAGCAGCAGCAGGUCUAUCCUCCACCUUCCCAUUCCCACCCUCAGCGUACCUUUUACCCACAUCACCCUCAGAUGCUGGGAUUUGAUCCUCGUUGGAUGAUGAUGCCUCCCUACAUGGAUCCACGAAUACCUCCAGCUCGAACCCCUGUUGACUUUUACCCUUCAGCUCUACAUCCUUCAGGAAUGAUGAAACCAAUGAUGCCACAGGACUCCAUCAAUGGGACUGGCUGUCACUCUGAGGAACAGAACUGUCCACCCCUAGUCCAAGAAAGGAAAAUGGCUUCAAUGGAGCCUGUUCCUGUGUGGAGCCAAGAGAGCUAUGUGACAAUUCAAAACAAGGGGUAUUCUCUCCCCAACCCAAAGCAAAAUGACCCAGCUCUGACAGUUGAAGGAGUACAUGCCAGGAAUGAAAGCUCUUACUCUCCCUCAGCUGGAAGGUCAGGAGGUAUAAGUGUCCAGCAUGAUCUUUUUGAAGAGAGAGGGGAUGAGUACUUAAAUGCUUUUGACAAGAAGGCCCAAACAGACUUUGACAGCUGUGUCUCUUCUCAAAGAAUAGGCCAGGAGCUUUUGUUUUCACCCCAGGAAAAUGUGCAGGAGGCAAUUGCUUCUGGGGUUCACCACACAAAUCUCAGGUGCUCCCCAUUGGAGUCUGACUUUGUCCCAGGUGAUAAAAAGCCAGAAUAUAGCAGUUGGGAUGUUGGACAUCAGCAGAAGCCCCUCGACACAACUAACAACCUAGAGGAAGAGGCUUCUAAGGAAGAGCAGUCCUUCAGCUCUGACCCAUGGAAGAAGGAGGGCAGUGUCAGCAAACAGCCUGCCUCAGAAACAGAAUGGGUCCCUGAGAGCCGAAACACCAAUAACCAGCAGCAGGAACAAAUCGGGAGGACCCGGAGAUCUGGUCCUAUUAAGAAACCUGUCUUGAAGGCUCUCAAGGUUGAAGAAAAGGAGAAGGAACUGGAGAAAAUUAAGCAGGAAGUGGGGGAAGAUAAAUUCCAUCUAGCCAAAGAGAAGGAACCACUGAACAAAGCUGAGAAUGAUGGGACUGAUGAGGGAGAUCCUACAUUGGUCAACUCUUCACAUUCCCUGCUGGCUCAGAAGGGCCCCUCCCAAACUAGCACUGGCCAUGAGGCUGAGAAGUUGGAGGAAGAAGAGAAACCUGAUAAGACCUGGGAGACCAAGGUGUCAAGGGAGUCCAGUGAUACUCCUCCAACAAAGAGGAAUAAUUGGAUUUUUAUAGAUGAAGAACAAGCCUUUGGAGGCCGAGGUCAGAAUAGAGGCCGUGGCAGAGGUUUCAGAGAAUUCACUUUCCGAGGUCGGGGUACUGGUGGAAGUAGCGGCAAUGUUUGUGGUAGUGGUGGUAUCAUUGGUGGGAGAGGAAUAUAUAACAACCAAAGAAGUACCCGAGGGCGGAGUCUCCGUGAGUUCAAUCAGUCUGAAGACUUCCCUAGAGGCAAGCCCCGACGCAGAAUUGCCAGUGAGACUCACAGUGAGGGCUCUGAGUAUGAAGAACUUCCUAAACGGCGACGUCAAAGGGGAUCAGAUAACGGGAAUGAAGGCUCCCAUCUGGAAAGAGAAGAGAGUGAAUUGAAGAAAGGUGAUUACAAAGAUUCCUGGCGAUCUAACAAGAUCUAUUCAGAUGACCACAGUAGUUUGGACACUAAGAACAGAGCCCCUCGAGCCUUUGGCCGAGCACUGCCCCCAAGGCUGAGUAACUCUGGGUAUGGACGGAGAAGCUUUGUGUCAAAGGAGUCAUCCCAUUGGCAGGGCAAAAGUAGUGGAGGUUCUUGGCAGGAAUACCACAAUGGUAUGUCCUCAGAUACUUUUGGGACUCGAAGACAAACAGACCGAGACUAUAUCCAAGAUAAUUACAAACAUUCUGAUUCAUUCAGCGGGAGAGGCUUUGAAGACAAUCACCUGGAUGAUAAGAGGUCCUUUUUCCAGGAUGAUUAUGCAGAUUCUGAAAAUGUGGAAAACCGGCCCUUCCGAAGACGGCGGCCCCCCAGGCAAGACAAACCACCUAGAUUUAGGCGUCUCCGACAAGAACGAGAGUCCUUAGGCCAGUGGGGUACGGAUGAGGGACCAAACUUACUUUCUUCUGGUCAAUGGUCAGGAAGGCCAAAGUUGGUUCUGGCAGAGAAAAGCAACCUGUCUGGCCGGAGAACCCCUGAACUCUCCUACCAGAAUUCUUCUGAUCAUGCCAAUGAGGAGUGGGAGACAGCAUCUGAGAGCAGUGACUUCAGUGAAAGGCGGGAGCGGCGGGAUGGUGGAACAGCUGAGGCUGAUCCCCAACUGGAUAGUAGCUUGUCUGGGACCAGUUUGGGUGAGAAGAGAGAAUUGGCUAAACGGAGCUUCUCUAGCCAGAGACCGCUAGUGGACAGGCAGAGCCGCAAGAUGGAACCUGGAGGGUUUGGAGAGAAGUCUGUAAGGCAAGGAAACAACGGAUCUGCUACCCGCUAUGAGACCCAACAGAAUGGGACACCUUUGAAAGCCAAAAGGUCUCCAGAAGAGGCUUUACCUGGAGGCGUUGGCAACUCUAACAGCGGGAGCAGUCAUUCCACGUAUAGUCUGGAACGAGUUGCCCACACCAACUCUGACCUUAUUGAAUCACCGGUGAAGAAGCCAGAGAAAGAAUCCAAGUUGGCUGUUCAAAGGGCAGGCGAGAAAGGAGAGGCCCUUCCACAGUUUGACUUAAGUUAUGGAAAUACUAUCAUAGACAAUCGGGUUUCAAAUCCUGGAGAAGAAAAUGAAGUGGGUUCCAUGGUGAAUGAAGGCUUCAUUGAGGUUUUAACUAAAAAGCAACGUCGCCUGAUGGAGGAAGAACGGAGGAAGAAAGAGCAAGCUGUCCAGGCACCCACUAAAAGCCGUGCUCUGUCAUCACGGAUUCCACCCCGAUUUGCUAAGAAGCACAAUAACCUAUGCUUAGAGCAAGGGGAUGGAGCAGUGCCCAGCAGCAGCCUGGGCACAGAAAUCUGGGAGAGUAACAGCCAAGCCCUUCCGGUCCCGUCCACCAGCAGCGAUUCCUGGAGUAAAGCUGUCAGCGCCUUUACCAGUGCGGAGUCCAGCUCUGCAGAACAGGGUUUUAAAAGCAGCCAGGGAGAUAGUGGCAUUGACUUGAGUGCAGAAUCUCGGGAGUCUUCUGCGACCUCCUCCCAGAGAAGUUCCCCCUAUGGCACUCUCAAACCAGAGGAGAUGAAUGGGCCUGGCUUGGCGGAACCCAAAUCUGACUGCCAGAAGGAGCAGGCUCAGAAGCAAUCUGAGAAAAAGGAUUCAGAACAAAGUUCAGGACAGAACAAGGAGCACAAGCCUGGACCCAUCGGCAAUGAGCGCUCUCUGAAAAACAGAAAGGGCUCUGAGGGUGGCGAGCGACUGGAAGGCAAUGUCCCACCUGUUAAUGGGGUGGAGAUUCAUGUGGAUUCUGUGUUGCCUGUUCCACCCAUUGAAUUUGGAGUCAAUCCUAAAGACUCUGAUUUCAGCCUGCCUCCUGGCUCUGCUUCCAGUACUGCAGCAAACCCAGUUGUCAAACUGCAGGAUGCCUUGGCCAGUAACGCAGGGUUAACACAGUCUAUUCCCAUUCUCCGACGAGAUCAUCACCUCCAGCGGGGCAUCAGCCUGAACCCAAUGUCUUUCCCUACAGCUGACCUCACUCUCAAGAUGGAGUCUGCGCGCAAAGCUUGGGAGAACUCACCCAGUUUGCCUGAGCAGAAUUCUCCAGGAGGAGCUGGUUCAGGCAUCCAGCCUCCUUCCAGUGUUGGAGCUUCCAGUGGGGUCAACUACAGCUCUUUUGGCGGAGUUUCCAUGCCACCUAUGCCUGUGGCAUCUGUAGCACCUUCUUCUAUUCCAGGUAACCACAUCCCACCUUUGUAUCUGGAUGGCCAUGUGUUUGCAAGUCAGCCCCGUCUGGUUCCCCAAACGAUACCUCAACAGCAGAGUUACCAACAGGCUGCAGCUGCCCAACAGAUUCCAAUUUCUCUCCAUACAUCUCUGCAGGCACAAGCUCAGCUUGGGUUGAGAGGUGGACUUCCUGUCUCCCAGUCUCAGGAGAUCUAUAGUUCUAUACAGCCCUUCAGAUCUCAGGUGUAUAUGCACCCCAGCCUGUCCCAGCCCAACACCAUGGUCCUAACUGGAGGAACUGCCUUGAAGCCUCCUUAUUCUGCUUUUCCGGGCAUGCAGCCCUUAGAGAUGGUCAAGACUCAGUCUGGAUCUCCUUACCAACCAAUGAAUGGAAGCCAGGCUCUGGUGUACGAGAGCCAGCUCAAUCAGGCAGCUGGAAUGGGGGCCUCCCAGAUGAUGGACUCCCAGCUAACACAGCAGUUAACGAUGCCGUUGCCUGGCUCCCAACUACCUUUGCCUCGGUAUGGUUCUGGUCAGCAGCCAUUGAUUUUACCACAGUCCAUUCAGCUGCCGCAGGGACAGAAUCUCCCUGUAGGAGCUCCCCGAAGAAUCCUUCCACCUGGAUCCCAGCCUUCUGUCCUUGCUACCAGCAGAGAGUCCUCUCAGAUGGAGAUGAAGGGGUUUCACUUCGCUGACGGUAAACAGAACAUCCCUUCUGGAGGGUCUGUUCCAUCACCACAGACCUACAGGCCUAGCUCUGCUAGCCCCAGUGGGAAGCCAUCUGGACCAGCAGUUAACAUGGGCUCUGUGCAGGGACACUACGUUCAACAGGCACAACGAGUGGAUGAAAAUAAGCCCAGCCUGGGAGCUGUGAAGUUGCAGGAGGCGGCCUCCGCCACACAGAUGAAGCGAACUGGAGCAAUCAAACCUCAGGCCGGGAAAGUCGAGGAUAGCAAGGCCUAGGAGUGCCUGUUGAUGCCUGCCAUGCCAGCUCACACACAGCACCGCUGCUGUCCUUACACAACUGGAUGUUUGGAAAUCUCGCCAGAUCCAUCAUCCCGACAACUUGACUUUGACUUGACUCAAGUGACAUCUUCAGAUUUUCCUCCCUUUCUCCCCCCUCCCCCCCAUUCCCUUCUCUUUCAACAGUGGAUAUGACAUUGACCUGCUUGCUUUAAUAACAAAACAGGCAAAUGAUCCCUUCACCCCUGCCCCACCCCAUCCUUCAUUUCCCUACCAUGACUGUUGAGUGUGCAGUGCAGGUUCACCUCCCAGUUCCCCCUCUCACUCUGCCUCCUGCUGUCAUACAGCUCAUUAAGCAACAGCAGCCUUCUCUUCCCAAAACUUUCUCCCAGCAGAGUGAUACCCAGGCACAGGAGUAUGGUAAUAACAGGGGCAUUUUAGUUUGAGGCUUUUCAUUUUAAAAGGCAGCUGAGGUUUUUAACGAAGGAAAAAGCAAAAACAAAAAAACAAGCUAUAUCUAUGUAUAGCAAAACGUUUAUAUGUUCUUUCUGCUCCUUCCCAUCCAUCACUUCUAACCAAAAUAGUUUCCUUUAGCCUCUUUCCUUCAUUUCAUGUUGCAAUGCUACGUUAAGACUGACUCUAAAACCAUUGUUUUCCCCACUUGUUUCCCUUGAAAUUAUUUGCAAAAAAAAAAAAGAAGAAGAAGAAGAAGAAAGAAAGAGAGAACUCUUAAGCUUUUAGUAAAUGGCAUUCAUGAUUCUCACUAGAAGUGAAUUUGUAACUAAGGCAUAAGAUAGAUUGGUGUAUUGAUUGCAUCCUGACUCCUGUCCUGGUUACUAUGGGAAGUUUGUUGCCCGGAGAAACAGGAUGACGUUUUCAGCAUGAGGGAAGAUGCAUAGGCCCAUCUGAAUCUGGAUGAAAGAUUGCCUCCCAAGACAGCCAGGGAUAAGUCACGGAUUUGCUAACUCACUGGUGUAUUCCAAACUUCUCCUUUUGCAUGAAUGAGAAGAGCUGACCCGUGAGGUUCCUCUGGCAGCUCCUUGUAGUUGUAUUGGCCUCGGUGUUGUGCAGGCCAGUUCUUUCCAUCAUCCUUGCCCCUCUGGGCUGAUAUAUGUGUGCACUUGUUUUAUUUUCUAGAGCUCCUUUCUGGAGGAAAGCUCUUGGAGGAGCUUUGCCUCUCCCCUAAGUGGCCCUCUGGUCCUUCUGUGUUUUCCUGUCUUCUCUGCAGAGCUCGUCACUAAUGAAACAGUGGAAAUUGAUCUGCAUAGCAGUAAUGGUGCACAAAUUUUUUUUUUCAUCUUUUAGCAAAAAUGUAGGGUCUGCAAGGCAGUUUUAAGUCUUUUUCUUCCCUCAGCAAAGCAGACCUAGGCUACUCCUGGAUCAUAUGAAACCUGGACUCUGCAGCAGGUGUCUCAAAGAUCAUCACUAUUUUCUCUGGAAAAUGGACCAUGUCUUAAGUCAACUGAACUCCUCCAGCUAAAUAUCUUUGCGAGCUAUGUUCUUUUUUCAAGGCAACAACAACAACAAAUUGUGGUUCUGUCACUCACAGGUUAGGGGGUGGAAGUUUGAAUUUUUUGCAUGUUCUUCUGAUGACCAACCAGCCAUCUGCUGAUAGGAAUGACUACAGCUUGGUGUCUUAUCUACUGGUGGUUCCAAAGAAGACUUUUGUAUGAGGAGGGCAUUGUAGAGGGGACUGUCAGGUGGUGUUACAAGACUUGGGUCCUCCAAGGUUUUAUAGGGAUGCAUUCAAGUUAUAAGCUAGGUAUAAAUGUGCAGUAGGCACAGCUCUUCAAGUUAUUUCCCCACAUAAGUAAUGGCAUCUCCUUCUUUGCCCCUCAUAGAUUGUGGGAAAAUACAAAUCCUUACAGAACUGUGUUAAAUUACUUUCUCAGUUUUGUUAUUUUGAUGAUGGUUAUAACUUUAUGGUGGAGGGUCAGUAUGUCUUCUAUUCAGUAACAUCUAGGGGCAGGGAAAUUUGGUUAAGAAUCUUUUCUUUUUUUCCAUAGCCUUCACCAACCUGCCUCUCUCAGACCUUACUUACACCAGCUUGACUAUUUUUCUCUCUCAUUCCCAACAGCCUUAUCCCAGGAGCCUGUUCUCCAAGGAAUGCCCUAUUGUUGGACGACCCAGCAUUGGCCUGCCCCAUGCAUACAUCAUCUACUUUUCCUUCUCUUCCCCUAUGCCUUGGAGCUUGUGUGAGCAUAUGAAUAGUCUUCUACCUUUAUUACUUCUCCCUCUGCUCCCCUACACCAUGAUUAUUGCUGGUCUAUCCUUAUUCUGAGUCUGUCAGCUCAGACCACACAAAUUGAAGUCUCUACUUCUGUAGUUUAGAGACUCAUUUAAAUCUAUUCACACCAGAUCUAGGUGCACACUACUACUUUUACUUAUCAAAAGGGAAAAAAAAUUAUUCUUCCUUUCAUUAUCCUAUUAUACAUGACAGUCCUAAAUGCUGUUACAGAGUUGACUCUGAAAAUAAUACAUCCCUCAGGCAUACAAUGCCAUCAAAAUGAUAGUACUUCCUGUUUGAGAAAAGAAAAAUUAAGACAAGGUCCCCUGUUCCCCUACCCUUUUCUCUUUUACUCCCCCAAAACACUAGAAUUUAUUUAUACGUAUUUGAUGUUGUAGGUCUAGGUGAAAAAAAAAAAAAGUAAAUGUUUCACUCCUCUAUUUAUAUAUAAUGUCUGAAUUAUUCUGUGCAGGAAAGGCCAAGAAAUUGCAUGUGAAUUUCUCAUUGCGUUCACCACCACUGUGUAACUGUUCAGCUGCGGUUUCUUUUCUCCUUUAAGAUACAGAUUUAAAAUCAGACUUUUUGAGGGACAGUGAGAGGCCUCGCUGCUCCUCUGUCCCUUUGUAUGAUGGAAAGCAGUUUUUAGUACAGAAACAUUUUAAGGUGCAAUAUCCCUCUUCCUGUCAUGUGGUUUUAGAGCAAAAGCUCCAGGUAGUGUGACUUCCAGUCCUGGCCCGUUUGAACCCCUGUUCUCCCAGUGCAGAUGUAUUCACAGGCUUCUGUUGGGGUUUCAUCAGUUCCCUGGAGGGAAUAGAGCAGAUUACACAUUAAAAUAACAACAGCAACACAAACUGCAGUUCCUUUUAGGUCAUAGUGGAUUUUAACUCUUCUGCUACUGAGGUGAGGAUUCAGAAUUAACUCACGGAAUCUUUGCUUAAGAAUUACUUUGGUCUUGGAUGCCAGUCAGCUUUGCCCCAGCUGUUGAUAAAGUGCAGUUUGCACGGGGAGGAGGGGAAACUGGGUUGCUCCACACGUGGUCUUAGAAAGCUGUGUUUUGCCACUCUAUUAUCUACCUGAUUAAGCAAAGGUCCAGAGUAUAUAUCUGUGUAAUUGUAGUAUGUUGUUUAUCCAGUGACUAGUUGUUUAUCAGCUACAUUAAGUCUGGUUUCAUUUCUUGUCAGGACAUUUUUUUUUUUAAGUUUGGCAUUACUAAACUCUGGCUUUAGGUUUCAUCUUAAGGGAAAACACAAAGGAUAAAGUUAGUAUAUGCUCAGAUGUACAGACGGAAGGUGUGGUUUCUAUUUUCAGAAACUAAAAAGUCUUUCCUCACAACCAUUGCAGAGCCACAUUUGGGAACAUUAGGGUAUCAGUUUAAAAUCUGGAUAUCAAUUAUGCCCAACUAUGUGUUGACCUUUCUGCACUCCUAGAUCUGCCUUCUAGAUGUUUACUGCAAAUCUUAGAUUCUUACUGUAGCCAUGGGACUAUGUGUAAUGAGGCAGUGUGCUGUAUGUUUGUACACUUGGUUGUCAUAUAAAUUACAUAUGAAUGCACUGUCAUUGGGUGGCAUGUUUUCCCAGGCACACAACAGGUCCUCAUGACCCAGCUGCUCUUCAUUGCUUGCUGGCUUCUUUCCUUAGUAAGCAGGGGAGCUGGUGCAUGUUUGCUUUUCAUUCCAUACAUCUCUUCCCCACUCUUUUUUUUUUUUUAAUCACAGGGUAAGCUCAGAGACAAUGCUCUGUGAUUUUCUUCUGAAAGCCAGUGGCACUGACAUUUUCUUUUGUUACAUUUUCUGAUGGAAUGGGAAAUACAAAUGUCAGGAAAAUGAGCCUCCCAACUCAUUGGUGUGACCCAAGGACAAAUGGAUUAGUUUGGGAUUGCAAUAAUUCCUUGUGAUUCAGAACAGAAAGAUAAAUCUGUGGUGUAUGUGAAAAUCUGAUGGUCACCCAGCCAGCUGUUCUUACUGUUGCUGCCAGUGUAUAUGGCUUCGGUGAUUUCCCUGGCUUAUCAGAACAUCUAACGGUUGCCUCAUUUCCUCUGAUUCCCUCACCCACCUGUUAUGGUGGCCCUGGAAAUGGUAGUGUAGUGGCUUAUGGCCACAUUAACAUGUGGAGGCACCUGUUAGUGUAAACCCAUUUAGGCUCUAUGAUGACAUUCAUUGUUUUCAAUUGGGAUAUUGUACUCCUUAAAGCUUUUAACCUCAUGCCCUGUAUAGUAAAAAGAUUUUGUUUGGGUUUUUUGUUUUUGUAUUUUUGGCCUUUCCUCUCUUUGUCUUUUCAUGUAGACCAGAUAUUUGAAAGGGCAGACGAUGGAUAAAAGUGUAAUGUGCAACCUGUUUAUAUAUUAUUUUUUGGAAACUAUUUUAACUUGGAUGGGAAACUAGAAUCACGGAAUCACCAGGCCAGUGGUGGCACUCUUGCCCUUUCCCUCCGUUUCAGUACCUAUUGUUUCUCCUUUCAAAUAUGUGAUUGUAUUAGCUCUUUCCAUAUGAAAGAAUUCUCCUUAUUUAAAUAAAAAAAUUUUAAAAAUAAAGCAUA